AUGACCACAACAAAUCAGGAUAGUAAGAAAAGAAAAAUUUCUGAGGAAAGUGGCGAGACGUUCCAUGAGAACAAGAGACCUUACACAGAUGAAAACUUUAUUGACCUUGAGCAAGAUGAAACUCUGGAAGGAAAUGCUACCGAGAUGGUUAUCGAUCCUUCUUCAUUCAGAAGUUCCGAAAACUACUUAAAGUGGCAAACUACUAUAUCUAAUGUUGUCAAAUCAGUCGUAUCAAUCCAUUUUGCGCAAGUUGCCCCAUUCGAUUGUGACCCUGCCUUAGUCUCCGAAGCAACAGGUUUUGUUGUCGAUGCUGAACUAGGGAUUAUUUUAACUAACAGGCAUGUUGUUGGUCCAGGUCCAUUUGUUGGAUAUGUUGUUUUUGAUAACCAUGAAGAAUGUGAUGUCAUUCCUAUUUAUAGAGAUCCUGUACACGAUUUUGGAUUCUUGAAGUUCGACCCUUCAAAGAUAAAGUAUACCGAAGUACAAUCAUUGAAAUUAAUGCCUUCAUUAGCUAAAGUAGGUUCCGAAAUUAGAGUUGUUGGUAAUGAUGCUGGUGAAAAAUUAAGUAUCCUUGCUGGUUUCAUUAGUAGAUUGGAUAGAAACGCCCCAGAUUAUGGUGACUUGACAUACAAUGAUUUCAAUACAGAAUAUAUUCAAGCUGCAGCUUCUGCAUCUGGUGGGUCUAGUGGUUCUCCUGUUGUAAAUAUAGAUGGUUAUGCCGUAGCUUUGCAAGCUGGUGGUUCCACAGAGGCCUCCACAGAUUUCUUUCUUCCUCUAAAUAGAAUACUAAGAGCGUUGAAAUGCCUUCAGAAGAAGGAAUUAAUCACUCGUGGUACCAUCCAGGUACAAUGGUUAUUGAAACCUUACGACGAGUGUAGAAGAUUAGGUUUAACACCAGAGAGUGAGACUAGAGCUAGAAAACUGUUCCCAGAGAAUAUUGGUCUGUUAGUUGCAGAGACAAUAUUGAGAGAAGGACCUGGUGAUUUAGGUGGGAUUAAAGAAGGUGAUACGUUAAUUUCCAUAAAUGGUACUGAUAUUUAUUCAUUUAUUCAGGUCGACGAUAUCUUUGAUACCAGCAUAGAUGAAGAAGUUACAUUAGUUGUGCAACGUGGUGGUAUCAAUCACACAAUUGUGAUCAGAAUACAAGAUCUACAUUCCAUUACACCAGCACGUUACGUUGAAGUUUGUGGUGCAACAGCCAACGAUUUAUCUUAUCAGAUGGCUCGUUGUUAUGCACUUCCAGUUAAAGGUGUAUUUUUAAGUAGUGCCACCGGCUCAUUUAAUUUUGACACCAAAGAAAAAGUGGGUUGGAUGCUAGAUUCUAUUGAUAAUGUAGAGACGCCCAACUUAGAUACAUUUAUUGAGGUUAUGAAAGGCAUUCCUGAUCGUUCAAGAGUUACAGUGAGAUACCAUCACUUAACUGAUCAUCACUCCCCUCACGUCACUUCCAUAUAUAUCGACCGCCACUGGUGUAGUGAAUUCAGACUAUAUGAGCGUAAUGAUAAGACAGGGUUAUGGGAUUACCAAAAUAUAUCCAAACCAUUGCCACCAAUUAAACUCGAACCACAGUCGGCACGUUUUAUUGAUAUUCCAAGUGAAAAUUCUGACAUGGCAAAACUUUCUCAUUCCCUAUGUAUGGUAUCCACAGUUGCAGCCAUUCCAUUGGAUUCUUUGUCGGCUGAUUCCCUGAAGACAUCAGGUCUAAUUAUCGAUGCUGAAAGAGGUUACGUAAUUGUAUCCAGAAGAAUUGUUCCUCAUGAUUGUUUAGAUUGUUUCGUGACCAUUGCUGAUUCGGUUAUUGUCCCAGCAACAGUCGAAUUUUUACAUCCAACUCAAAAUUAUGCCAUUGUGAAGUAUGAUCCUAAACUGGUCAAUGCUGAUACAAUUACUCCAAAAUUGUCUUCUACUCCAAUGAAACGUGGUGAUAAAGCUCAUUUUGUUGGCUUUACUCAGAAUAAUAGAUUAGUAUCCGCAGAAACUAAUGUUACUGACAUAUCAUCCGUCAGUAUUCCCAGUAAUAUCAUUCCAAGGUAUAGGGCUACAAACUUAGAGGCAAUCUCUAUUGAUUGUAAUAUUAGUACAAGAUGUAAUUCUGGUAUCCUAACUGAUUCCGAUGGUACUGUUAGGGCUCUAUGGUUGUCGUUUUUAGGAGAAAGACAAGAGAACAAAGAAAAGGUAUAUUUAAUGGGUCUUGAUAUUACCACCUGCUUGACCGUUAUUGAUAUCUUAAAGGAAGGUAAAAAGCCAGUUAUGAAUAUCAUUGAUGCCGGUUUUGGAUCAAUUUCCAUUCUGAAUGCUAGAAUUAGAGGGGUCCCUGAACAAUGGAUUAAGUCUAUGGAAAAAGAAUCCAGUAAUAGAUUACAAUUUAUGACUGUUUCAAGAGUGUCAUGUACUUCAGAAAAUAUUAAAUUAGAGACCGGUGAUGUUAUUCUUUCCGUUAAUAACAAACUUGUAACAGAAAUGGACCAAUUAACAGGUGUUGUUUCUUCCGCUGACACACACGAUGAUGCUCAGACUCUAAACUUUAAGGUAGUACGUGAUGGUGCAGUUAUCGAUUUGGAUAUUAAGACAGUGAAUGUCAAUGAAACAGACAGUAUUCUAAUCUUUGCUGGUUGUAUUUUACAGGAACCACAUCAUGCUGUUCGUCAAGCAAUGACUGAUAUACCAAAGGGUGUCUAUUGUACAUUUAGAGGUGAAUCAUCGCCAGCAACCCAAUAUGGUAUUUCUGCUACUAAUUUUAUUACUCAUGUUAAUGAAAUAGAAACCUCAAAUUUAUCGACAUUUUUAAGCGUUGUUAAACAAAUACCUGACAAUAGUUAUUGUAAAAUGAGAUUAAUGACAUUUGAUAAUGUGCCAUUUGCUAUUUCUCUGAAAACAAAUUACCAUUAUUUCCCUACCGCAUCUCUACAAAAGGACAAAUCAUCUGGUAAAUGGAUAGAAGCUGAAUACAAUGCUAAUGGGGAAAAAACAGUAAUAUAA